AUGGCGGCUCCCGCCUCACGCACGCCGACGCGCAGGCGCCGCCUCGGCUCCCUUCCGUCGGGCGCCGCCACUGAAAACGGCAGGAAAAAACCGGCCUGGGAACUCUAUGGUUUCGCGCGGUGGGUAGCGUGGCGCAGCCGCCUCCUCCGCUCGCUCGCUCGCCCCACCCCGCCCGCGUUGCACGCCGGGACGCAGUGGGUCCUCCUUCCCGCCCACCCCCGCCCGCCGCGAGCCCUCCGAGCUUGCGCCGCGCCGAUAUCCGCGUUGCUCCCAAGAUUGUGGCGCGGGGCUCGGGCUGAGAGCGAGCGAGUCCGCGAGAGAAGGCGCACUCGCGGGCCCGGCCCGCUCUCCCGCCGCGCAGCGCCGCCGGCCUCGCCAGGCCGCUCGCCUCUCCCUUCCCCGCCUCUUCCCUCCCUCCCUCCCUUCCCCCCCCCCCAGGCCGCGGCCCCGUCUCCUCCGCCCCGGGGCCCCGACGGCUCCACCGGCAGCAGCGGCAGCAGCAGCAGCAGCAGCAGCGGCGGCGGCGCCUCCUCGCCUGCGGCCCGGCCCCGAGCGCAGCGCGGCCCCCGCAUGAGCCCGGGCGGCGGCGGCGGCGGCGGGAGUGACCGGGAGCAGCAGGCCGCGGCGCCCAGAGUGGUGAAGAAUUAGGAGAAGCUGCAGUUGUUCAGCUGAGUGGAACUAAAUGGGUGGCUUCCCUUUGGACCCUCACUUCACUGUCUUAGAUAAGAGGGGUGACCUGCUUCUUUUGAAGCAACUUGCAUUUCCUUAGAACAGUUAUAUGCAUUUUAAGAGAAACUUCUAGUUAGUGAAGCAGAGGUAUGGACUUUUUUUUUUUUUUU